GGACCCAAAAUUGGAAUAAACUUAUCUUAUAGAUUAAUGUCGCUAGUAUGCAGAGAGAGAGAGAGAGAGAGAGAGAGAGAGAGAGAGAGAGAGAUUGGUCUCAUUGAAUAUGCAUUCCUCAGAGCUCUGCCUCCUGCGCUGUCCUUUCCAUGACGCAGUUGUUGUAUAAGGUAAUUAUCACAUUGAUGAUUUCCAAUUUCCAUGCGCAGUGUCGCAUCUAUAAGAUACCAGCGUCACUCCGAGACUGCUCAUUCUGCCAUGAAUUCCUCUGACAGUGAAGUCGUGUCUGAUGACAUACUCCCGGAUAACACUAGUCUCAAAAUUCGUUUGGUUGUUUUACCCGUGAUUUUCGUUGUUGGUUUUAUCGGGAACACGCUCUCUGCAUCCCUUUUUUUCGGAAAAUCGCUGAGAACGAAGUCAUGUAGCAUCUAUCUGGCCACCAAGGCAAUUUCUGACAAUGGAUUCCUGCUGUCCCUUUUUGUAGCUUGGCUAGAUUUCGUGGACGUUCGAAUUUUUCACACCCAAGUUGUGUGUCACGUGACAUUGUUUUUGUCGUACGUCUGUGGAUUUGUAUCGGUCUGGUCCGUGGUGAUGAUAACCAUUGAAAACUAUAUCCGAAUAUGUCGCCCCUGUGAAGUUCGUUCGCUUUGCACCCGUUACCUGGCAACACGGGUCACUAUCCUAGGAGUCGCCUUUGCUUGCGUCCUCUACAACUAUCCUUUGUGGACCAUGGAUGUAGGGACGACUCAGCCACACGAACAAAAGUUUUGCCAGACACAGCCAAAGUUCGAACGAUUUGAAGUAGUGAUGACAUAUGUCGAUACCGUUUUGACUCUUGUCCUACCACUUAUAAUCAUUCUCAUCCUCGUCAGCAUCAUCACCGUGAGAUUGAUCGACGCUUCCAAACGCAAGGAUCGUCUUCGGAAGUGUUCCCAGUACUCCAAUGCAAAUUCUAUGAGGCUCAACAUCAGCAAUGCACAGGCGAUUCUGAAUUCCCAAGUCACCAAAAUGUUGCUGUCCGUGUCGCUCGUGUUCGUUUGCCUCCAUACCCCAAGUUACGUCAUUAGGAUGAAGGCAACUUUGGAGAAUCUACUUGAUCACGUGACGGUGACGUCAAAGAUAGAUAGGAUACUGCAACAUUUCUUUCUGGUACUGUACUACCUUAACUUCUCUAUAUACUUCUUCAUUUACGUAGGCUGUGGGCAGAAUUUUAGGAAAGUAUUGAGAAAGAAGAUGAAACAAAUGUGUAGAAAACAAGAAAAUGUACCUGGUGUAACAUCAGAAUAUGUCUUGAGCAAUCGUGCGUGGAAUGAAAACAUUGAGUUGGAGACUACAAAAGAUACAUUAGAUCUGGAAUGAUGCACGAAUCAAAAUGUCACAUCACUGGUAAGCUUCACAGAAGGGUAUGUGAUUUCUUUCGUUUGGGGAACGAAUUAGACAGAAAUCAUUUUCUACUGACAAUAAAAACUGAGUGGAUUAUUUCGGAUAUUCUCCGUUUUCCAUUCGAAUACUUGUUUCUAUUGUGACAGUUUUGGUUUAAUUAACAUUUAAGUUGUUAAUUCAUUACCUAUGUUUAUGCUACUAUACAUCCUGUAGAUCAUCAUUUUUGUGUAAAGUCUGAAUCUGAUGUAAAUUGUUCACUUUACUAUUUUUCUCACAUGUACUGUUUAUACUGUUGAAUUUGCCUCCAUCUUGUCAAUCAUUCCAAAGUUAAUUUGUUUCCUAACUUUUCAUUGGUUUAAAGCUAGUGCCUUAAACUCACCAGAAAUUGUUUUAGAUUUUCACCCUGCAGUUUUCAAAGUCUCUUAGUUAGAGUCAUUUUCAUUGGUUAGAGUUAGUAUAUAAACAGUGACAGCGGCAGUUUGAAGUCACUUUGCUAGGGGCUAAAGAACCCACAGGUUCGUGCUCUCUCUAUUCUCUUGGGUUAAAUCCCGGACUGCUCGUGCCGUCUUAUUUUUUACCUGUUUAGGAAAUAGUCUAAAUUCUUUAAGAUGUAAUUUAGUCCCUGGAUAAAGUCAGACUGGUUCAAGGUUGAAUUAGAUAUCCCUUUACAACUUUACUUUAUAUAGCAUUGUAGUUAUUUUUUUAUGUAGAGAAAUUACUGAGCUUAGUGCCCUUUUUGAUACUUUGGAAUUUACAUACAGUUUUGCUGGUAUAGCGAGCCACCAUGUGCUUUAGGGUUUGUUAGGUGUUGUAUGGAAGCCUAUUCCCUUCUCCUUUGAUAUUUUUUUAGGCCGUAAUAUUUUCAUUUUUCCCUUAUUUAUUUUUGUUAUUUAAAUUCAUUUUGGUUAUUAAUUACUCAGUGGUCAAUUCAUCUUCGUUUUGUAACUCAUUUACCUUUCUAUUUUGUUUUACAUUUUUGGAGAUUAUUUUGAAAACUUAUAUGUUAUUUGUUGUCAAUCAAAUUAUUCAGUAUUAUACUAUAAUAAAUGAUCUGUUAAAACUUUAAAACUCUCUUCUUAUUCCAAGGUGUUGCUCAUAAUUUAGGAAUCUUAUAUCUGAACCUGGGUUGAACAAAAACAGGACCAGUCAUUGUAAAUUGACAUUGUCAGUGGACUUAGUCUGUUCCUUAGUAUUACGCCCUGCAGUACAGAGUUUAAGGGUACUUUGAUAGUUUUUAUGCUUUGGGUAGACUGAGUACACUUUGCGGCCGGAAACAGACUGGUUCCCGUUACCCUAUAUUCAGUCAUGUGAUUCCACAGAACCUGUUUUGAUAAGGUAAUUUUAAAAGUCAGUUUAGGACAGCAUGUAGAUAAGAUUUUUUAAUACUAGUAUUUUCCCCCCAAUAAUUUCAUAGCUUAUUGAUUCAACUUCUAGGUAUGUAUUUCAUGUAUAUGUAUAUUUUAUCAAUACAUUAAAGGUACUACGUGUCGCUGCCAAUUCCAAUAUGUACAGGCAAUAUGCUACUGUUUGAUAUCAAGUGAUUGUUUGGUGUUUUUGGUUAGAUUUAAAAGGAGAAGCAUAACAUUCCUUUCAAGAUAAAGUGUUUGUUAUACAGACGUGAUUUGUUGAUUGUAUACAACGAAUACGUAUGCUUUUAUGCGGAUCUUAUAUUAUCUUUAUAUGAAAUAUAUGUAUGUAUGUAUAUACAUUGUAUUUGUAUGUUCAUGUAUCUAAUAAAGAGUAUUGCUAUG